AUGGUGGUGGCCCUCAUUCUCGUGCUGACCCCUGUCCUAGUGCCCCGACCCUCCCUGUCACUGCACUCCAGCCAGGGGGUGUCCCUGGGGGACACUGUCACCCUGCGCUGCCACCUGCCCCGGCUGGCUGCCUGGGUCUGGCUGUACCAGGAAGGAGGUAGGACACACAACAAGUACAAGGACAAGGAGCUGGAUGCUGUUGAGUUCUCUUUCGGUAACACAAGUUGGAAACAUGCGGGGACGUAUCGGUGCCAGUACCAUGUGUCUGAGCCACUGGGGACUUCAGAGAAGAGCGAUCCUGUGGAGCUGGUGCUGACAGAUCACAGUUUUCGUCCACCCAACAUUUUGCUGAGAUCUGAGGAACCUGUGGUGUUGGGGAGUAACGUCACCAUCUGGUGCUGGAGACAGAGUUAUGGGGGCACCAUCUGCCUGCACAAGGAUGGGCGCUCGGUCCCUAUCCGGUGCCAGCACACUAAUUGGGCUGGCAUGGCCACCUUCACACUCUCUGGGGUAACUCAAGCCGACACCGGCACCUAUAGGUGCUCCUACCGACCUGAGGGCCGCCACCUUCUGUCCUCACCUCUUGGGGAGAAAGUGGCACUGGAAAUGACACCCACACCUGCACACCCAGGUGCUGCAGGACCACCUCAUGGGAACCUGGUGGUGGCAGUGGUGAGGGGCUGCGCUGCCGCCCUCGUCUUCUUCCUCGGCCUCUUCUUUGUCCUCGAUGCCCGCAGUCUCUGGAUACAAAGAGAUAGGAGCCCUGGAGCUGAACAGGUUCAAUGGCUUUGAA